CGGCUUAUCUCUGCGCCACAUAGCACCACGUGACAGUACAAAUGGUGGUCUCUAUACGUGUACGUAAUCGAUAAGGGGGGAGGAGGCACUAAUUCCAUCUUGUCAACGAUUGGGUACUAUCUGGCUGUACGUGGGCCUCAACACCACCUCCCUCUCUCUACCUGGAGGUAUACGCACAAUUUGUUCCCCAAACUUCCACACAUGCGCCCCAAAUGUGGUCUGUUAGUCAUAUAUGUUAACAUAGAUGGCAUACGCGGGCAAGUUGAGCUAGACCUUCUUGACCUCGACGUAGAAUCUGGCCGUUGCCAAGGUCAGGCCGAGGCUGACCAUGACGAACUGCCUCUUCCGUCGGCCUCCGGGACUGAUACGCCUUUCGCGCCAUGCCCUCGCCCUCCGACAACGAUGCAUGAGCACCGUGCCUACUAUGCAGGCGAGUGCUCCAUUCCGGACCCGAAAGAACCCGUAUGAGAAACCGCAAAUACCCAAAAGCAACCCUAAGAAAUAUUUUCCGGCGUCGGAAGAGGAUGUCCAGCCGGGCGAUCAUGUCCUCGCCGUCAGCAGGAAGUACAACAUCGGCUUCCCGACAGCCCUGCACUGGAUCAAGGACUGGAAACCUAAGUCGAACCCGUGCCAGCUGAACGUCAUGAUUUCCGAACGCCACUGCUUCAGCGUUACCUCGAUGAGGUACCUCGACAAGUUCGAGCACCCCUUUGCUAAAUCCGUACUCGGAUUCUAUAUCGCUAAAACUGACAUACCCCUCUGGCAUAAUGCUUAUUCGCACCCCGUAGCCAAGGCCUGCGUGUGUCAAGUAGCCGCCCGAAAGAUCCAGCGCGCAUUUCGUGACUCCCUCGCGGCUCACGGGUAUGACAAAGACGGCAGGAAAACGACGACGGACGAUGCCGGAGUUCGACAGCUAUACGGUACGGCACGGAUAUCGUGCGGGAACCCGAAGGCGGCUUGCAACAUCCAGUUCGCGGACCUCCUAGACCAGAUAAACCCGCUCGUGGACGCGCUCGAGGUGGCGCUGGGUCGGGACAAGUACGGCGAUCUACUGUUCCGAAAAAAGAAGCGGCCGGAGAUAAAACGGCGGAAGCCACAUAGAGAGGAGAAUCGACGGUACGGUGAGGAUGGACCUGACCGGGAGCUGGCGAGGCAAAGAGGUUCAUUAGGGAGCUUAGGUAAUAACGUGACAAGGGGCAGAGGAGGGGUGAGGUACCUGCCUAGCUAGAGUGCAUAGGAGGUACCUCCACCUCCUCGUAACCAAAAGGUACCUCGAACACAGAUACCAUGCCUGUAGGUACCUAACUUAACCUAA